CCAAUAAAAAACCCAAGGCUCUCAAAAUUACACCAAAAUAUCCCCUCCUUCACAAGCUAGAGCACAUAAAGCCCAUCAGAAACACCCAUCACAAGUUCUUAGUCCUAACAAGCAAGAAAAAGGGUCUCCAAAUUUCUUUGAGAAUAGCCUGCCCUGCUGGUGCUUGUGUAUUCCAAUGGCCACUUCAAUAUCUGCAACUGGGUUUAAGGGAAGUUUGUGUUCGUCCUUCCAUGGAAGCUGGGGAACUUCAAUGGUCGGAGAAGAUUACAGCAUGCUAGCCAAGUCGGUACCGAAACAUGUCCGAGUCGGAAAGCCGGUGCGAGCGCAACCUAUCAUGAAGAACGUCAAUGAAGGAAAGGGUGUUUUUGCUCCGAUUGUUGUUGUUACUCGUAAUCUUAUAGGCAAGAAGCCCUUCAAUCAGUUGAGAGGAAAGGCAAUUGCUUUGCACUCACAGGUGAUUACUGAAUUUUGCAAGUCAAUAGGAGCAGAUGCCAAGCAAAGACAAGGUUUAAUUCGACUGGCCAAGAAGAAUGGGGAGCGACUAGGAUUCCUUGCAUAAUGGAAGAUCAAAUACGUUUUGUUCAGUCAUGAGAAAUGUUUUUAAGUUCAUAGUUUCUAAGAUUUGGCAUGUAAACUACCUUACUAUCUUAUCAAAUGCACUUCUCAGUUAGCUGUAAUAUUCUUCAGUUGUCUGAAUAAAAGUCCCAUACAAGUUAGCAUUUUGGGAGGGCUAACUCCCAAGUGCAGACUGACUAAUUUAUUAA